AUGUACAAAUCUCUACAGUCAUUGGAAGAGGAGUCUAGGACAACACUCUUUAGAUAUAGUAAAGAGCUAAGCUUUAUGAGAUCAAUGAUACUUGAUGGACUUUGGGAUGAUGUCGAAAACUUCCUCGAAAUAACUCAUAUCAGAGAUAAAAUAGAUGGCUAAUAAGUUGCCUUUCUAAUUGGGAAAUAACGAUACUUAGAACUACUUAUCUCUCAAUAGUUAGAUGAUUAAAACUAUCUGCUAGCAGUGUUAAAGAAUCUUGAGAAUUUAUGUUAAUCAAAGGACUAAUAUAAUGGGCUUUGUUAUUUGCUGAGUCUUAAAAGCAUCAAUGAUCAUCCUGAUUACGUCAAUUGGACUGUACAAAAAGGGAGAAUGGAAUGCUUUGAAAGUAUCAAAAUCAUAAUGCAGGAUAUAUUUGGCCAUGAAAAUGCCUAUGAGAAAAGAAAAACCCCAGUUAAUAGACUCCUAAAGUUAAUGAAGGACUCAAUUAACUAUCAAUACUAUAUUGCUAAGCAAACAGGCUCAAUGACAAAAUUUAAAUUCGAUCCAAUAUCAUAAUGUAGUGAGGUAAGUCUGCUAAAAGACUUGAUAAAUUAAGAUAACUAAGUUAAAUUUGCUAAGCAAAAUUUGAACGAAGUUAAGAUAGCGUUUUACAGUAGAAGGCCUAAAAAUAAUCAAAGCAAAAAUAAUAGUAUGAUCCAAUCAAUAGAUUAUGAGGAGUUAGAAGUGCCUGAGGAGAUAGAUGACGAAGAGGAGGAAGAUGAUGAGGAUGAUGAUAAUGAAAAUGAUGAUGACUAUUUUGACAAAGAAUUCGCUCAGUCAAUGCCAGCUUAAAUAACUUUGAACUCUUAGACUCAAUAAUCCAAGCAGUAGAAAAAACUAAUGACUCAAUCAAUUAAUUAAAAUAUCUUUGGGAGAUAGCCGCAAAUGGGAAAUAGAUUAAAUUUCCCAGCUGAAGAGCAUGUACCAAAAUAAUUGCAACCUAGACCAGUUAAUUAAAACAUGAUUCAAAGUAUGAAUCAAUUUAACAUGAGUAAGAAAAGCGUAGGUGGCGGUAUAAACAAUGUUGGAGGGUUUAUUCCUUAGAACGAUCAACUUUCUGCUUUACAGCACUAACUUGCAGUUGAUAAAUAGUAUAAAUCGAUUUCUUACCACAAGCAGAAGCAAUCUUACGAUUAAAAUGAAUUCUCUAUGAACGAUAGUACUUUAAACCCUAACAAGGUUUAGAAUACUUCAUAAAACAUGGGUAAAGGAAAAUAGUCUGCCAGCAUUCAAUAAUAAGCUUACCAAUCAAACUUUGAAUUCUAAAGACCAACAGCUUAAUUCAACUAAUCUUAGAAUGAUUUUCAGUCUAAUCAAGUUAAUAGAUCAGGAAUACAAAACUAGAUUAAUGAUUUUUUGCCUUAAUAAUAAUAAAUGAAAGGAGGACACAAUAGAACAGGAUCUAAAUCAAGUAAUGGAGGAGGCUAACUGCCAUCUCAAAUAAUAUCUUAGGCCUAGUCGAGCUUUAAUCACAAUAAUUAGCAGAAUAAUCAAAUUGAGAUGAUCGGAGGGCCUGCAAUAAACAAUACCUCUUUUAAUUCAAAAAGAUAAUCAAACCAAUCUCAAAAAAUAAAGUCAGAAACAAUGAGAUCUCAUAAGUAAAAUCCUCACCAAUAAUAGGAAAUAUAUUCAGCAUAGAGUUUGGUGCAUACAGAUCAUACCAGUAGGAAGCAAGGUCCUCCCUUGAAUAACAACUUUAUCUUCUAAAAUGACAGUGAUCCUGAUGAACUGUAGAAUCAGUAUGAAGAACUAAAAUAAAACUAUCGUUCCCAAUAAAAACCCUCAAAUAAGCAGCCAUCAGGUAAUCAGAGAGUUUAGCAAAAUAUGCAAUAGUAAAAUUACCAAAAUCAAAUACCAGUAAAAGGCUAAUAAAACUCUAAAUAGUUGCAGUAGUAUUAAGAAGAAGAGGAUGAUGAAGAUUAAUACGAGGAUGACUUUAUUGAAUAAAACGACGAUGAUGAAUAGAUCAGUGAUAAGUAAUCAUAGAAGUAAUCUGUGAGAUAAAUCACUAGCUAGGAUAAAAUGUCUCAAAAUCAAUAGCAAUAACUGUCCUCUAAUAAUCCAUAUCUUGACACAGAUGAAAAUCCAUAAUAAUUAAUAUCAGAUAUUGAUCCAUGCCUAGACAACAACAUCUCAAAUUUGGCCUUGAAGGCUAUUCUAACAGAUAGCUAGCCAAUAAGAGCUGCAUGCUUCAACCCCUAAGGAAAUUAUAUUGCCCUUGGAACAAAUUCACAAUCUCUGAAAAUCUGUGCUCUACCUAAUUUGGAGGAUGAUGAAGACUUGGCAUCAGGUGAUGAAGAUAAUGAUUUAUCACCAAGUCAUAGAGAAAAGAGAGACAACCCUUAGAAACUUCAUAUACUUUUUGAAAAUGAGAACCAUCACAAUGGAAGUGUAUAUUGUCUUGAUUGGUCAAGAUCAUCAAGACUUAUAGCUAGUGGAUCAAAUGAUAGAUCUAUUAAAAUUUUAGUUUGCCCUGAUCUUGAAAAUCAAUAAAAUCACUCUGAAAUACUAGUAUUGCCUUUGAUGGGACAUUCAGCAAUAGUAAGAACAGUAUGCUUCAAUCCAGCUGAUGACUAUAUGCUUUUAUCUGGUGGACUGAACGAUACUGAUCUUAAAGUUUGGAACAGUGAAAGUGGAAAGAACAUAGCUAAUUUGAAGGGCCAUACAGGCAGUAUCUAUUCAAUAAAGAUGUCUUAGGAUGGUUCAACAGCUAUGAGUGUUGGAACAGACAAGUUCAUUAGAAUAUGGGACGUCAGAAUGAAAUCAUAGAUUUCAGCUAUUGAUGGAACUUAGUACUCAGACAUGAAUGAGAUAUGCUUCAGUUCUUCUCCUUUGGAGAGUAAUACAUCCACAGACAAUCAGUAGAGCAUUAUGAAUAGCUUGGCUUGCGUUGGACAUGUUGACGGCUCACUUACAUUCUGGGACAUUAAUAUGAGGCGUUGCCUCGCUUAGAUCGGUCCUCAUUCUUAAGAAGUGAGAGGUGUAUCAUUCAGCGUCGAUGGAAAGUAUCUAGCAAGCGCUGGUUUUGACUCCUAGAUUAUAAUAACAGAUACAAGUGAUCUAGACAACCUGUCGAACGUAAAGACUCUAAGUCAUGAUGAUAAAGUAGUAUCCGUAAGAUGGCAUCCGUUUAUGCCCCUACUGCUUAGUACAUCGGCAGAUAGAUCUGCGAGAAUUUGGUAUCCUUAUAUUGUUUAAUGA